AUGUUCCGACAAAUCUUAGUACACCCCGCCGAUCGUGUCUACCAAGGUAUUGUCUGGCGUCCAAAUGAAUAUAGUCCAAUAAGAAUUUAUACCUUAAAUACGGUGACCUAUGGGCUUAUCACAUCACCAUACCAUGCUUUACGAGUCCUGAAGCAAUUGGCCUACGACGAGCAAGGGACUCAUCCUGAGGCAUCUGCGGUGCUACAGCGAGAUUUCUAUGUAGAUGAGGUAAUGACCGGACGAGAUGACGUUACUGCCACAAUCAAGCUACACCAGGAGCUGCUGCACUUGCUCGCCGAGGUGGGUUUGAAUUACAUAAGUGGGCCACCAACUGCGAGGCAGUUUUAA